GCCGCUCGUUUUCGAGAGUGUGUUAACACCCGAAACAAUCAGUGUUCAGCCCGAAGUUGUGACGCCGCAGACGCCACACGUCGUAAGCAGUGGGAUUGCUGUUCCGGAAGAUCGUCCUGCAACGGCAGACAGCGAAGCAGCUCACCUUCGACCGAAAACAGGUGAAAACGCCGACUCAAAGCUACGACCGUGUCCGCGCGGGAAAUUAGUACAACAGACUAGAAGCAAUAGGACUGUGAUGAGUGUUUCUUUGAGUCUCGAGGCAGAAAGCUCUGGGAGAAUGACGGAGCCGCUAUCGGGUUCUGGCUCCGGUCGCCGUCGACGGCCGCCUGCACUGGAUUCCGACGUUGCGCCGCCCACUCCAGGUGCUACGGGGCCAGGGCGCCUGGGCGUAUUCCGACGUGAGAACAGCCCGUUGAGCGAGCCAGAUUGCAGACCGCGGUCUUCGCCGUCAUCCUGGCAAGAUUUUUCCUUUUCGCCUGAGGUGCGAAGUGCCUGUGCUCCAGGUUCGCCGUAUGUGCACAGCUCAAAGCUGGACCGUUUUCGACCACGACCUGGCCAAACUCAGCAGAUUCGCGCACGGCGUCUGAUGUCUCCCGCUGCUCGGUCACCCAGUGGUCAGGCGCCGGCGCUCCCAGCGCCGAUCGCGGUACGUGUGCGCGUCCUCGGAUCGAAAGGCGUUGAAAAGUUUGCGUACAACGUGCGCUCGGACGAAGUUGAAUCAGAGGCUGACCUAAUCGCACGCGUAGAAGAUCGCCUGAUUACCACGUGGGGCUGGACCGCUGUAUCGCGCGAAGAGUAUAGCCAGUAUGUGCGUCUUGUGCAGGCCGAUGGGACACCCAUAGUCCAUGGUGUUGAUCAAGAACAUAAUGGAGGCGUAGUACAGGAAGAUGAGGAGCCGGAGAGCACUGCUACUGGAGCAGCGGAGGGUGGAAGAACGAAUAUCGACAGCACGACUGGAGCAGCGGGCUCCAUGUUGUCCACCGCUAGUGCAAAGCUGGAGGCGUACUUCGCGGCACGCGCCCUGUACCACCAGCACCAGUAUCACCAAGCAUUUAGUGCAGAGAUGGCUGGCAGUGGCGCGAGUGGCAGUGGCUGUUUUGCGCUACCGAUCUGGCCGGGGGAAGAAGUGCCGGCCUCCGUUACCAGCUCGGACAACGAGCAGUGCCUCCCUAUGCAGCGCGUGCUGUCACGCGAAAGUACCACGACAGACGCAGACUUUCAGUCUGCGGCGAGCCGGCAGUCGACCCCGUCCAGUGAUCACUCUUUCGCUUCACUCUACAGCGUGCGUGCGGCAGCCGCAUCGCCAAUACCAGAUACCGCGGGAAUCUCGCAUAUGAUGCCUAGUGGAGAUCAAUUAC